UCCGGUUCCACAAUCGGAAGCGUCCUUUGGCCUCACCCAGGUGACCCCCGAGGACAGUGUGAGCGCUUGCGCGCAGGAAAGGCGGCUCAGCCGACAUCGGGGCCACUUCCGCUUCCCAGAGGUCUCCGCGCGGGGAGCCUCACUCCUAGAUGGCCCAGCCGCGGGCCGGCGCCGGCCUGAUGUCUCCUGAUUGCAUCCAAGCAGGGAGCCUGGAGGAGGAUGGAACAUCCAUCAGGAUCCUGUUGGGUCUAGGAGAGAGCCAACAUUUCCCUCUUUCAUCUUUGGACUAUGUAAGCUUGUGGCCUCUGGGCCAGCACGGCUGUUUGGUGUUGCAGGAGGCAGUGACCUUCAGGGAUGUGGCCUUGGACUUCACCUGGGACGAGUGGGGACACCUGAGCGACGCUCAGAGGGAGCUCUACAGGGAAGUGAUGCUGGAGAACUACAGGAACCUGGUCUCCCUGGGGCUUCCUGGUCCCAAGCCAGACCUCAUCUCCUGGUUGGAGGGAGAGCAAGAGUCACAUACGUGGGAUUCGUUGGGAUAUGCUGCUGGGAGCCCCUCCUUGUCUGAAGGGGACCGUCCCAGGGGUCAGUUGGGAGCCAGUGAAUGGAGCAGCCCAGCUGGUCUCUUCUGUGUGGCCAUCUUGGAAGCCCUGGAGGGUGCAGCUUGGGAAACUAACCUCAAGGACCAGGAGUCAUCUGAAAGGCAAAGUGUGGGACCAGAAGAGACGUCAGUGGAAGGAGUCCCUGGCCACGUUCUCAGGAACAAAGCCUUUGUGGGAGGUCCCAUCCGAGAGAUUACGGUAUGGCAACAAUUGCAAAAUCUGGCAGGAGAGAUCCCCAAGAAGCUCCUUUCCCAGCAAAGCGAUCUGAGGCAAUUGAUUCUGGACCCGAAAACUCUUAUCGAGCAAAGAGACUGUGACCAAGGUGACAUAGGCCAAGAAAUCCACAGGAGCCUGUGUAGGCCCAAGGUGUCAAGCAGUGAGAAUGAAGUUGAGGAUCUUCCAGGCCUGAUUCAACCCCCAAGUCUGUGUAAGAUUGAGAAACCCUGGAAUUGUGAGGAGUUUGAAAAGACUUGCAGCCAGAAUGCAGGGAUGAUUCCCCGGCAGAGAAUUCACCUGAGAGGGAGAACUGAGAAAUCGAAGCAGUGUGGGAAAAACUUCCAGGAAAUCUCUCACCUUAAAGAAGGCCAGAGAGUUCAGACUAGAGAGAAACCUUACAUAUGUAAGUACUGUGGAAAGUCUUUUGCCCAAUAUUCUUACUUUAUUAAUCAUGAAAGGACGCAUAAUCGAGACCGACCAUAUGAAUGUAAGGAAUGUGGGAAAACCUUCAACUGGAACUCAUACCUCAUUGGCCACCAGAGAAUUCACACUGGAGAGAAGCCUUAUGAAUGUAAGGGCUGUGGAAAAGCCUUCAGCCAUAGCUCAGCCCUUAUCGCACACCAGAGAGUUCACACUGAAGAGAAACCCUAUCAGUGUAAAGACUGUGGGAAAGCCUUCAAAUGGAAGUCAGGUCUCAUUCAGCAUCAGCGAAUUCACACUGGAGAGAAACCAUAUCACUGUCAGGAAUGUGGGAAGACCUUUGGUCAGAGUUCAGCCCUUAUUGCUCAUCAGAGCAUUCACUCCGAAGAGAAAUUUUAUAAAUGUAGGGAAUGUGGCAAGGCCUUUAAUUGGAAGUCACCUCUCGUUCAACAUCAGAGAAUUCAUACUGGAGAAAAACCAUAUAAAUGUGGUGAAUGUGGCAAAGCCUUUAGUCAGAACUCAGCUCUUAUUGUACACAAAAGUUCCCAUACCGGAGAGAAACCUUAUGAGUGUAUGGAAUGUGGGAAAGCUUUCCACUGGAAUUCAUACCUCAUUCAACACCAGAGAAUUCACACAGGAGAGAAACCUUUUGAAUGUAAGGAAUGUGGGAGAGCUUUUAGCCAAAGCUCGGCCCUUACUGUACAUCAGAGAAUUCACACUGGAGAGAGACCUUAUCAAUGUAAGGAAUGUGGGAAGGCUUUCAGUCGGAGUUCAGCCCUUAUCGAACAUAGCAAAAUUCAUACCGGAGAGAAACCUUAUAAAUGUAAGGAGUGUGGAAAGUCCUUUAAUAGGAAGUCGCAUCUCGUUCGACAUCACAGGACGCAUAAUCGAGACCGACCAUAUGAAUGUAAGGAAUGUGGGAAGACCUUCAACUGGAACUCAUACCUCAUUGGCCACCAGAGAAUUCACACUGGAGAGAAGCCUUAUGAAUGUAAGAGCUGUGGAAAAGCCUUCAGCCAUAGCUCAGCCCUUAUUGCUCAUCAGAGAGUUCACACUGAGGAGAAACCCUAUAAAUGUAAAGAAUGUGGGAAAGCCUUCAAAUGGAAGUCAGGUCUCAUACAGCAUCAGAGAAUUCACACUGGGGAGAAGCCUUAUCAGUGUCAGGAUUGUGGGAAGGCUUUCAACUGGAAGACACCCCUCAUUCAGCAUCAGAGAAUUCACACCGGUGAAAAGCCUUAUAAAUGUGGUGAAUGCGGGAAGGCCUUCAGCCAAAACUCAGCUCUUAUUGUACAUAAGAAUAUUCAUACUGGAGAGAAACCGUUUCAGUGUAAGGAGUGUGGGAAGGCCUUUCACUUGAAUUCACAUCUCGUACAACAUCAGAGAAUUCAUACUGGAGAGAAACCCUAUGAAUGUAAGGAAUGUGGGAAAGCUUUCAGCCAAAGCUCCUCCCUCAUUAUCCAUCAGAGAAUGCACAGUGGGGAGAAACCUUAUCAGUGUAAGGAGUGUGGGAAAGCUUUCAGUAGGAGCUCAUCCCUUUUUGAACACCACAGGGUUCAUACUGGAGAGAGACCUUUUAAAUGUAAGGCAUGUGGGAAGGCUUUUAACAGAAAUUCCUAUCUCAUUCAGCAUCAGAAUUCUCACUGUACAGAGACCUUAGAAGCAUAAGGGAACAUGGACAGAGUGGUACAGUCCGAUGCCCGUGGCAGAUCCCAAUGAUACACUUGUCCCCACCAAUGUGUUGAAAUUGUACCAUGUUCUUGUCCCUUGGCGCUUCCCCUUCUCCCCUCCUCCCACCACGCACACACACACACCAAACAGCUGUGAUAAAGUAGGAGGAAGGGAAAUCGCAAAGAGGAGACUCGCAGUCACUUGCAGAUGGUUCCAUAAGUUACAGUAUACUGUCUCAUAAAUUAAUUGAGCCCACGGCCUAAGACAAUGUUGGGGGAAACAGCUAGAGCUUCCUGUAAGGACUCCUGGCCCCUGUUAUCUGCCUGUGUCUGUUAGCCUUGGAUGAGCCCCUGAUUCAAACCUUAAGACCAGCAGAACAUCAGCAAACAUUAAACUAAUGAACUAACCUAAAGUGGUGCUGAUGACUGAGAUGGUGUUAAUAUGCUAAUGAACCAAGACAGAGGUGAUGGGCCUAAGACUUGGUCCUUCCCCAUCACUGAAAUCUCCUAAAAUGAGAUCUCCUACACUUCUGCUUCCCACUAGCACUCUUCCACCUGCUGCUGGUCCAUGCUGUCCAAGGGUUCCCAUUUGCAGCCCACAAUCACAGACUGACCGUACCCUUCCACCUCCCCAUUGGGUUGCCCACCUCUCCCUCCUUCCCUCCCUCUCUCCAUCCCAUGCCUUCUGCCUCUGUGCCUUAUUAAAGUGUCUAAAGUGUUACUCCCUGCUUGCUGCCAUUGUGGUGGGUAGCCAAAGACCUCAACAUACCUGCCUCCUCCAGACCCCAAAUCCCUCCUCUUCCCUUUUUUGAGGAGCACCGGGGUUAUAGAGGACUCUUGUUACAGCUGCCCCUGUCAUGAACAAGUGAAAUAAGUGACUGAAGGCAGCAGAUGUGCCUCUGGUCUCAUUAUUAAGAGGAUAGUUCCUUUAUUUGGGUCAGAAUAAAUCUACAAAAAUUUCCUGUUGUUCCAUACACUUCCAUAAAUUGAUAAUUCAAGCAGCAUAAUUAUACCUCUAAGGGCCAACAAGAAAGAUAAAUAGCAAACUAUGUUGGUUCUGCGCUACAGACAUCCCUUCUGCUAAUAAGUGGCAAAUAGCAAAAGUGGGAAAUGACAUAUUGCUUUAAAAUUGCCCCUUAAUCACAAUUGCUUAACUUUUGUUUGUUUGUUUGUUUGUUUUUGGCAAGGCAAUUGGGGUGAAGUGACUUGCCCAGCAUCACACAUUAGUAAGUGUUAAAUGUCUGAGCCCAGAUUUGAACUCAGGGUGAGUCUUCUUGACUCCAGACACAGCACUAUGUCCACUGAGCCAUGCAUCUGCCAUGGGGCCCCUGUAACAGAUGGCAGGGGGAGGACUCUGCAACAUUCCCUUUCUUCUCUCACCCGAUGCCAUUAGGGAGAAGAAAUUAUCCUGACAGGAAGAGGCAAAGCACUGCCCAUCUGCCGCCUUCUAUAGAGUCCCCAAUCAUCUCUCUUAAAGGGGUUCUCAUUGCCCCCCCUGUCUAAUCUAGGACCAGUUCCAGCAUGUGUCCUCCUUCUUCAAGCAGUCUCCAUUACAGAUGAAUUUGCUGGGAGCAAGAUGAAGGAGAAGAGUCAAAGAAGAUUGAUAUUUCACACAGAUUUCUGAGCAGUGGAGGGAGCCAUCCACAAAAGUAGGGGAGUUGAGAAGAGAGACACAAUUGCUGGGGAAAUGGGCUCCACUUUGGACAGGCUGAUUUAGAGUGUCAGUAGG